UGCGGUAUCACACCGUUCGGUUUGGGUGGUUAAUGCUGAAGAUUAUUUGGUGUUAUUUAUGUGCAUGUGGCUGUAGGAUCGUAUUUCGAGGGAAGUCGAUUAGAUUAAGGUCGCUUUUUUAGGCUGUUGCAGUUUAUUUUGGUUGUUUUUAUGUGUAAAUGCUGAAUAUUUGUAGAUGCGGUCGGUGUGUAGGGGCGGCCCUGCGGUAGCGGCAGUAGGAGUUCCGGUAGAGGAGCGCUGUUCGGGAUCUUUAGUGUAACGAUGACGGCGGCGGUGUUUUUCGGCUGUACUUUCAUCGCUUUCAGUCCUGCUGUGGCCUUGUUCCUGCUCACCAUCGCCCGCGAUCCUCUCAGAGUGAUUUUCCUCAUUGCGGGUGCGUUUUUCUGGCUCGUGUCUUUGUUGCUGUCAUCGUUGGUGUGGUUCGUAGCCGUACAGAUCAGUAAUAAAGACAGCGGCUCGCAGCAGAAAGGCCUGCUCGUGUUUGGAGUGCUGCUCUCCGUCCUGCUGCAGGAGAUCUUCAGAUUCUGCUACUACAAACUCCUAAAGAAAGCAAAUGAAGGACUACUGGCCAUCAGCCAGGAGGAAACGAUGCCCAUCUCUGUUCGCCAGCUGGCUUAUGUGUCUGGUCUGGGAUUUGGGUUGAUGAGCGGCGCUUUCUCUGUGGUUAACAUCCUGUCCGACUCUGUGGGUCCGGGUACUGUUGGCAUCCAUGGAGACCCGCAGCAUUACUUCAUAUCCUCAGCAUUCAUGACUCUGGCUAUAAUUCUGCUGCAUGUGUUUUGGGGCGUCGUCUUCUUCGAGUCCUGUGAGCGUCGGAGGUGGUGGUCACUCGGAGCCGUGGUGUGCAGUCACCUGUUCGUGUCAUGCUUGACAUUCAUGAACCCGCAGUACGAAGGCAGUCUGAUCCCCACGUACAUUGUCCUGUGCGUGAUGGCCGUCUGGGCGUUUCUCUGCGCCGGCGGUUCUCUGAGGAACCUCAAGCUUUGUCUCACGUGCAGGGACAAAGACUUCCUCCUGUUCAAUCACAGACCGAGAUAACGGAUUCUCUCUCUGUAAAGACUGGAGCUCACUGAUCUUCACUUCCUAGACUCUUGUAGAUCGAUGCAGUGGGAGGGAGAUGUAUUUUUUUUUAUUAUUGUGUAUGUUUUCUGUCUCUGUAAAGUUUCACACAGUCAGUUCCUGCUGGUUUCGUGUCUGUGUUUCUCUGUUCUUUGUGUGCUUCUUCCAACUAAAAUGUCACAAGUGAGAUUAGAGUUUGUUUUUCACAACAUGCACAUUGUAGAAGUGAUCAGUUUGCUGUUUCUCAUUUCGCUCGUCUAAAAAGACCAUACUUUACAUUUUAAUAAAAGAGUUCGUUUAGAUGCGGAUUGUAGCCAUGGAAA